AUGGCGGAAUUUGAUAUCUUAUGCUGUGACUACACGAGGGCGAUCUCAGCGAAGAAGAGGAAGAAACAUUUUCACAUAAUAAUUUUGCGAAAUGUUCGUCCAGAAGUGGUCGUUGUCGUUGAGCGGUUAGAUGAGGAGAACGGCAAUGAGUACUUGUUGACGGAAGUAUAUCAUGAGGAGGUGGUGGCGAGUUCGAGUGGUGGUACUGUGCUAGGCAUGUGGUUCCCAGCGACGGCAGCAGCAGGCGGGCGUCAGGCACGAGGCUGCCUCCGCGCCCUCCUCUCCGCCUCCUCAUCGAGUCAUAUAAUAUUAAUAAUAUUUUGUAUUUAA